AUGCACCAUACCAGACUGCAAGCCACCAUGCACCAUACCAGACCAGGCUACCGUGCACCAUAUCAGAUCACAAGGCCACCAUGCAUCAUACCAGACUGCAAGCCACCAUGCACCAUACCAGACCACCAGGCCACCGUGCACCAUACCAUACCACCAGGCCACCGUGCACCAUACCAGAUCACCAGGCUACCAUGCACUAUAUCAGACCAACAGGCUACCAUGCACCAUACCAGACCACCAGGCCACCGUGCACCAUACUGGACUGCCACCCACCUUGCACCAGCACCAUACAAGACUGCCAGCCACCAUGCACCAUACCAGAUCACCAGGCCACCAUGCACCAUACCAGACCACCAGGCCACCAUACACCAUACCAGACUGCCACCCAUCAUGCACCAUACCAGAUCACCAGGCCACCAUGCACCAUACCAGACCACCAGGCCACCAUACACCAUACCAGACUGCCACCCAUCAUGCACCAUACCAGAUCACCAGGCCACCAUGCACCAUACCAGACCACCAGGCCAUCAUACACCAUACCAGACUGCCACCCAUCAUGCACCAUACCAGAUCACCAGGCUACCAUGCACCAUACCAGACUGCUAG